CUCAGUAAUUUAUAUAAAGCAAUUUGGAAAAAAACGAAGAAAGAAAGAAAGAAAGAGAGGAAAUAGCAAUGGAAGGCGAGGGUGUUAUAAAGCACAAGGCUUACGCGCGCGUGGGGCUUCUCGGCAACCCAAGCGACGUGUAUUACGGCAACACAAUCUCUCUCAGCCUUGCCAACUUCUCCGCCACCGUCACCCUGCACCCUUCCAACGACCUCUUAAUUCAGCCGCAUCCUAUUCACGAUUUUGUCCGCUUCACCUCUCUUCCUCAAUUGGUGAACAGGUUGAAUAAUGAAGGUUACUAUGGUGGAGUACGGUUGCUUAUGGCGAUUUGCAAGGUUUUCCACAAUUACUGCAAGGAGAAUGCCAUUACUCUCGCUGAGAAGAAUUUCACUCUCUCUUAUGAUACUGAUAUACCUCGUCAGACAGGACUUUCAGGUUCUAGUGCGAUCGUCUGUGCUGCCUUAAACUGCCUUCUUGAUUUCUAUGAUGUCCGUCAUCUAAUCAAGGUUGAGGUGAGGCCUGGCCUUGUCCUCGCGGCAGAGAAUGAGCUAGGCAUAGUUGCUGGUCUUCAGGAUCGUGUCGCACAAGUCUAUGGUGGCCUAGUUUACAUGGAUUUCAGCAAGGAAAACAUGGAUAAACUGGGGCAUGGAGUUUAUGAGCCUUUGGAUGUGAAUCUCCUCCCACCUCUGCAUCUAAUCUAUGCUGAGAAUCCUAGUGAUUCUGGGAAGGUUCAUAGUCAAGUAAGGCAAAGGUGGCUAAAUGGUGAAGAGUUCAUUGUAUCAUCAAUGAAAGAAGUUGCAAAUUUAGCAAAAGAAGGAAGAAAGGCAUUAGAAGAAAAGGACUACUCUAAAUUUGCAGCACUCAUGAAUAGGAAUUUUGACCUGCGAAGGUCAAUGUUUGGAGAUGCUGCCCUUGGUGAUUUAAACAUCAAAAUGGUAGAAGUAGCUAGAAAAGUUGGAGCUGCAUCAAAAUUUACAGGUAGUGGAGGAGCUGUUGUCGUAUAUUGUCCCCAUGGGGAUUCUCAGGUAAAACAGCUGCAAGAAGAAUGUAAUCAAGCAGGAUUUGUGUUACAACCAAUUGAACUUGUUCCUUCCCGUCUAAAUGACAUUGACUUGAAAACCUUAUAAAUGAUGUAAUCCAUUAUACUCUUUAUGAAGAAAAAAUGUCUUUUCAUUAAGAGACGAAGUAGAAUUUCCAAUGAUUUGUUACUGUAUUUAAGAAUAAUCAAUAUUAAUUCAGUUGAAU